AUGGGUGACCAAAAGGAUGUGCUGAUAGAGCCGAUUAAGGCUGGUCCACGGACCGAUCAAGAGCUUAUGGCGCAUAUGGCAGCUCAGGUCGGCGAUGGUCGUCUGUUCAAAAUGGAUGUCGACUAUACAAGCCAGGUCGACGAAGCUAUUCCCAAGGCGAAUGCGAUCGCUGCGAAAGGAGAUGUUGCCGCGGCUCUGGACUCUUUGACCAAUCUUGAGAAACUUACACGACUUGGUUCAGACAUGAAAAGCAAUACACGGAUCGUUCAGCAUAUGGUGUGA